AUGGUUUUCAUCUUCCAUGGCUCGUGUUAUUCUGAUAAAGCUGGACACUAUACAUUUAUGAAAGAUGCAACACUAGCACCAACUUAUGCUAGCUUUGACUACAUAAUCAUCGGAGGAGGAACCUCAGGUUGUGCAUUAGCCGCAACACUGUCUCAAAACGCCAGCGUUUUGCUUCUUGAACGUGGUGGCUCUCCCUAUGACAAUCCAACGGCCACGGACAUUGGAAACUUUGGUAACACACUCUUAAACAUCACACCGAACUCAUGGUCGCAGCAUUUCAUCUCCGAGGACGGCGUUUACAACAUACGGCCACGAGUCCUCGGUGGAGGCACGGUGCUAAACGCGGGGUUCUACACACGUGCGGGAAACGAGUACGUGGAGGAAGCCGAAUGGGAAAUGGAGGUUGUAGAAGCUGCGUACGAGUGGGUCGAGAAGAAACUUGUGUUCGAGCCACGUGUGAUGGGAUGGCAAACGGCGUUUGUAGAUGGGCUUUUGGAGGCUGGUGUGAGUCCGUAUAACGGUUUCACUUACGAUCAUAUCUACGGGACGAAGAUCGGUGGUACGAUCUUUGACGGCGCCAGUCAUAGACACACGGCGGCGAACCUGUUAGAGUAUGCUAAUCCCAACAAUCUUGUUGUAUACUUGCACGCUUCUGUCCACAAGAUCCUCUUCACAACUACAGAAUUAAGUGACAAAAAAAAGAGACCAAAAGCGUACAAAGUGAUACUUCAAGAUGCGAAUGGAGUAUUCCACAAGGUUGGGCUAGCAAAUAACCCAAUGAAUGAAGUAAUCUUGUCAGCUGGAGCCAUGGGCAGCCCGCAUCUGCUGAUGCUGAGUGGUGUGGGUCCUAUGGCCCAUCUUGUGGCUCACGGCAUUAAACCGGUGGUCUUAGAUCAUCCAAUGGUUGGGCAAGGGAUGGGUGAUAAUCCCAUGAAUCCCGUCUUGGUUCCUUCUCCUACGCCGGCAGAAGUGUCCCUCGUACAAACUGUUGGGAUCACAAAGUUUGAUAGUUACAUCGAAGGUUUGAGUAACGCGGUUCUGUCUUAUGAUUUGACUCGUAGGUUUUUCAAUGGUGUUCUGAAUCUUCUCAAGGAGGAGACAAACCGUCCUACAUCUAGAAAUUUUUUUAUCCAAUCCAUUGCGGACUUUCUAAAAUCCGUGGAUCUUGGAUUCAAAGUGAAGAUAAAUGGGAAUGUGAUGUUCCAAAAAGUUUCUGGACCGGCCUCGAGAGGUCACAUGGAGCUUCGGACCACGAAUCCAAAGGAUAACCCUUCGGUGACAUUUAACUACUAUCAAGAACCAGAGGAUUUGAACAAGUGUGUCGAAGGAAUUAACUCCAUUAUCAAAGUGAUAGACUCGAAGGCCUUCUCUAAAUACAAAUACCCUGGUGUGAUCGCACGUGAACUGCUUGAUCUCAUACUAGGCCUUCCCACUAAUCUGAGGCCGAGGCAUGUGACCUCAGCGUUUAAUUUGAAACAGUAUUGUAUCGACACCGUGAUGACUGUCUGGCAUUACCAUGGAGACUGUCAAGUUGGAAAAGUGGUCGACAAGAAUUACAAAGUUUUAGGCAUUGAUGCUUUGAGGGUUAUUGAUGGAUCCACAUUUCUCAAGUCUCCUGGUACUAAUCUUCAACUACGGUACAUGGGACAGAAGAUUCUUCAAGAGAGGGCUGCUUUCUGCGGAAAUUAG